AAGAGACUUUUAGUCACCACUAAACUCCAAUCUCAGAAGAGUUAACGUACAUUUAGCGCAUAUAUAGAGUGAACAUGUUCAAAUUCGAAAUACACGCUCUACUUUUGCUGGUUGUCACAAUGGCUUUAGUAUCGGCGAUGCCGUAUCCUGGCGGUGGUGGCCAUCACGAACACACGCACUUCAAAAUCCACGUGCCGUAUCAUAUUCACGAACAUCAUCAUACACACGUGAAGAAAAUUUACAUACCGGUUCACGUCAAAUCACACGAUGACCAUAAACACGAAGUGGUUGACUGGUAAAUUAUCUUCGCAACAUUCUUAUGGUUAAGGAACCUUGUUAUGACAGAGUUAUUUAAUCAUAAUCGUCUGAUGAUAUCUGAACGACUUGUUUGUUAUCGUUCCACACUGUUAAUUGUGUAAAAUAAACCAUAUUUAUAAACUAAUGACUUGAUUAAUUGCUUCUUUAUUCCAUCGAUUUUAUUCUUUAUCUGCCAUCAAUUUGCUGACAGUUUUGAGUAUAACAAAAUUUGUAUCAAAUA